CCAAUCAGACACAACACGAAUAUCUAUAAUAUAUCUUAACACCUACAGAAAUUGCUAAGAAAGAUCCAAUCAAUUCAUAAUUACAAAGCAAUCACGAAGACACUAAUUGUAUUAGGUGGGAGGAUUGUAAUCACGUCGAUCAAACUGACAGAGGUAUAACCAUAAGCUGAGUGAGGUGCAAAAGGACAAGGAUGUUAUAAACUUAUUUCUGAAUUCUCCUUUUCUCCCAACAAUGGAUGUAUAUUUCGUUCUAAUGACUUUGGCUAUUAUUUUUGUACUUUUGCCGAAACUAUUAGCAUCUUCAAAAUCCAUAACACAGUCCUUUUUAGAUUAUUCCAAACCUGACAACAGACCUGAUGACAGUUCUUUGAUUGGAAUGUUCUCUGCAAAUUCACAGUUAGUUUGUGCCAGUGGAUGCAUUGAUCAAUGCACCUGUUUCGGCUACAAUCACGGAUUAAAGAAAUGCCGCAUUCAUGAAAGAUGUCCCCUCAAUAUCAUGAGAACGCCAGAGAGUGGUUGGAAGUAUCUCGUAAAAGAAGCGUUUGACUGUAAGGAACUAUUUGAUAGUGGUAUUAGGGGGUCUGGGGUCUAUACAAUCCAGCCGUUGCCUAAUCAACUCAUUGAUGUUGUUUGUGAUAUGGAAACAAGCGGCGGAGGUUGGACGACACUUAUGAAUCGGGAGGAUGGCUCCAUAAGUUUUGCAAAAAACUGGAUAGAGUAUAAAAUUGGCUUUGGGAAUAUAACCUCCGAAUACUGGAUUGGAAAUGAGAUCAUCCAUCACCUAACAAGAAAGAGAAACUCCUUGCUGUAUAUUUCUGCAACACAUAUCCUUGGUUUAAAAUAUUUUGAAAAAUAUGACGUAUUUUCAAUUUCUGACGAAAAGCGUGGUUAUGCUCUAGAUAUUGGAGGCGCCUCUGGUUCUCUUGGUGACGCAAUGACAUUUUUUAUGCCUGGCUUGAAUCUGAAUGGAAUGAAGUUUUCAACCAAGGACAAGGAUCAGGACAAAUCAUUUCUAUCCUGUUCUGAAGACACGGGAGGAGGAGGGGGGUGGUGGUACAAUGCAUGCCAUAUAGCCCUCCUAACGGGUCCCUACGGAAGUGUCACCUGGGUGAAUCCUUGGAAACCACUAUUCCUCAGUGGAAUUGAUGUUCAUUCUGUUCGAAUGAUGGUUAAAAGAGCACCAUAGAAAUAAAUGUGUUUCCGUUUUUACUACGUAUGCCGAUAAUUUAGCAAGAAAGAAA